GCUGCUGCCACAACAACGGCAAGCAGCAACGGCAGCAGCAGGAGCACCAGCGUCAGCAAGAACCAGCUCUCCGUCAGUCGGGCAGUUCGUCACCAGGCCUCAAAGCUGAAGCGCAUGACAGCAAACUUCCUCGGGCGAUCUCUUGCAAGCGCCUCUGUCAAUUCGGAGGGGGGAGAAAAGGCAUCUUCAGCGAUGCUCUGGAGACAGCCCCUCGACUGCGGUGUGGUGGUAGGAGAGGAUGCACUGACAACGGAAGUGCCUUUUGAGACUGAAGAGGGUCAUCGAGCUGCGCAGCCUUUUCUCGCUUGGUCUCGAAGUUUGGAGUGGUUGGACAGACGAAGCAGUGCAGAGGCGGGGGUAAUCACCUUGCUGAGUCACGCUUCGCCGCUCAAGACGCCUGUUCUCAUGGGUACAGAUGCACAGUGCAACACCAUCGUGGCUGCAGCUGCCGCUAACGGUGGUGAUCAGGGGCCAUGUCCGUACAUUGCGCCGCUCGAGGAAAUCAUUCGGCAGCUGUCGCCGCUUAUCCCUCCGCCAGCGGGACUGGGCAUGAGCCUCGAAGAGAAGACACUUGCGGCGAAUACUGGCGUGGAAGCGGGCGACUAUGGGGCACCUGCAUCCCAUGAGGCAGCGGAUGCGGACGAGGCCGCUUCUGCAGCUCAGUUGGAAGGGGCAGACACUGGUGCUCUAGACGAGACGGCUGAUGGAGGAGCAGAAGAUCGUGCAGAGGCUGGAACUGCUGUUGAUGCGUCGAACGCGCUGGUAGUGGAAGCAGCGGCUAAGGCUGCGGCAGCCGCCGGAGUAGCUGACGCAGACGCGAGGGCUGCAGCUGUUGUCUCGGGCAGAUCAGGGGAAGUAUAUGCCGAACGAUUUGCUGCUGAGACAAGCCACUGGGAGCUCUCCGCUGAGGAGCUGGAGGACGAAGGUACAGGAACGCGGGAACCUGUGGAAACAGCGGCAGAAGGCGUCGAAGAAGCAGAAACUAUGAUUAGCGCAGCCGCAGAGUCAGAACCGCAACUGUGGGAUGUAGGGGGUCCAUGGCAAGGCGAGGCGUUUUCGGCAGAAGAUACGGGGACAAAUACAGCAGCAGAAGAAGGAUCCCCUGCAGCAGGGGAGGCCUUUGUAGCAGCCAUACCGAGUAGGCAAGAGCAUUCUCCUGUUCUCGAGGGAGAACCAGCUCUUGGAGAGUAUCUAGCAGCAACAACAGCAGCAGCAGACUUUGCAGCGGAGCCUUGUCUUGAGGCUUCGGAGGUCUUUGCGAGAAAUGGGGAGGUGGCACCCGCACGGGGUGUACCACUGAUUCCGAUACCAGUAGAAAUAGGAGAAGCCACUGCAUCAGAUUCUGAUGAUCUGCAGGGUGGCCUGCUUACAACGAGCUCGCGGCAGCUGACCAGCCGGGGUAGCGAAGAAGAUCCCGAGGCUUUGGAUGCGAAACACUUGAGAUUAGGCCUUUCGGAUUUUCCUGAAUGGCUGAUGCAGGUCGAUGCAGACGCUGACGAGGAGAGGCGGAACCCUUACAAGGCUGUUCGGCUGCGGAAGACCGGCUUGCUGCCGUGUAGAGGCGAUGCAAAACACGACGAGGCUACAGCCUGUCGGAUUAAGGCGCGCAUGGAGUGGAUGAAGAAUUGUGCAGCCAAGGGUAGGCAUCAGGGGCGUCUCUCUAGCGGCGAUGCAGACGCGACAUCGGGGCCCCAGGAAAGACUUAGCCAGGCAAGCAGCCGCAGCGUCUCGAGGGCAUCUGAGAGUGCGUGGAGGGAGAGACAGCAGCAGCAGCAGCAGCCAAACAAGGGCAGACUUACCUCAGGUCAAGCGGCACAUCGCCAGAUUGAGAGCCGCGCCCGUGGUAUGAGUGAUGCUGUCAAGCAGCAAGCUCAGACGAGCGGCACUGGUAAGACCACGGGAGGCGUCCUGCUGAGUGCUGCGUAUGGGAUGCAUGGCACUGCUGCAGGGGCAGAACCUUGUGUGGGAUCCAUCCCAGAGGAUGGGGUUAACAAGGUAGCGGCCCUUCGUGCCAAAUUCGAGAGAAACAGCUCCACCUGGUUCGAGGGAGAGCUGCACCGCUUCUCUCGACCCGGCUCAUUGCGCGACAUUUCCAGCGAAAGCCAUUGA